ACCAAGUAACCAAGUUGUGAACAAGAUGAAGAAGAAGCUUUCUCUUUAUGCUUUUUUGCUCAAUUUGAGUCUCUUGGUUCUUCUUCCUUACAGCAAAGCCACUCAGGCUGAUAAGCUUCAAGAUUUGAUUCUGUCUAAGAGCUCGCAGAAGCCACCUGUGACCCUUUCUUGGGCAGAGGAAGAUGCGUUGAAAACUCAUUCUUCUGCAUAUGUUGCAUCCCAAGAGGGGCAAAAGGAAGCUGACAAGAUUGUCGCAUUGCCUGGCCAACCCUAUGGGGUGAAUUUUGACCAAUAUUCAGGCUAUGUCACUGUUGAUCCAGAGGCCGGAAGAGCACUUUUCUAUUAUUUUGUGGAGUCUUCAUAUAACCCUUCGACUAAACCUUUAGUAUUGUGGCUAAAUGGAGGACCUGGUUGUUCCUCACUGGGGUAUGGUGCCUUUGAGGAAUUGGGACCUUUCAGAAUAAACUCUGAUGGCAAAACACUAUAUCGCAACAAAUAUGCUUGGAAUGUAGUGGCAAAUGUGUUGUUCUUAGAAUCCCCUGCUGGAGUGGGCUUUUCCUACUCAAAUACUAUUUCUGACUAUGAGCAUUCAGGAGAUAAGUCAACUGCAAAAGAUGCCUAUGUUUUCCUGAUCAAUUGGCUAGAGAGGUUUCCAGAGUACAAAACCCGCGAUUUUUACAUAACUGGAGAGAGCUAUGCUGGCCAUUAUGUGCCUCAGCUUGCAUACACUAUUUUGGUGAACAAUAAAUUCAGUCAACAAAAUAUUAACCUCAAAGGCAUUGCUAUAGGGAAUGCUUGGAUUGAUGAUGUUACAAGUUUGAAGGGGAUAUAUGAUUACAUAUGGACUCAUGCUUUGAGCUCAGAUCAAACUCAUGAGUUGAUUGAGAAGUACUGCGAUUUCACUUCUGAAAACGUUUCUGCGAUAUGUGCCAAUGCAACAAGAACAGCCUUUGAGGAGAAUGGAAACAUAGACCCUUAUAACAUCUAUGCUCCACUGUGUCAGGACUCUUCUCUUAAAAAUGGAUCAACUGGUUCUGUAUAUGAUUUUGACCCGUGUUCUGAUUACUACGGGGAAGCCUAUCUAAAUAGGCCAGAGGUCCAAUUAGCUCUUCAUGCAAAACCCACAAACUGGACCCACUGCAGUGAUAUAAUAAACUGGAACGACAGUCCAGCUAGCAUCCUACCCGUCAUCAAGUAUCUCAUCGACAGUGACAUUGGAUUGUGGAUAUACAGUGGUGAUACUGAUUCAGUUGUUCCAGUCACAUCUUCAAGAUAUUCAAUCAACACCCUCAAGCUCCCUAUCCAGGUUCCUUGGCGUCCAUGGUAUUCUGGAAAUGAGGUUGGAGGAUAUGUGGUUAAAUACAACGGUGUGACAUUUGUUACAGUAAGAGGAGCGGGACAUCUGGUUCCAAGCUGGCAACCAUCGCGGACUCUGACUUUGAUAUUUUCAUUCCUCCAUGGAAGCUUGCCUCCUACUUCACCAUGGAAGGGUUUCUAGGCAUGAUCCGUGUGUUGAAAUUUUAAAAUCCAUUGACUUUAGAUUCAAUUUGUGCAAUCUCUAUUAUUAGUUAGAUUAAAAUGAAGGUUUCAAUUUCGAAUAAAAGUUUUGUUAUGUAUUAGUUGAUUGUCAUGCCAUGUAACUUCCUUUUGUGCAUGGCCGAAAGAUGCUCUUGCUCGUUAUGUUAGUAUAACAAGUUUGCUUUUUGAUGUAUCAGUUUAAUUUAUCAAAGACAAACAAUGAUUUGCAUUUGCAAUUAUACA